GGAAGUGGAUGGGAGAGGAAGUAGCUGGUGAUGCUGGAACAAACAUGGCAGUCCCGGUGCCCCUCGGCCGCUCGAGUUCCUGCUGUCUACGGCUGCUACCACUGCUGGCGCUGCUGGAGCUACUGGUCGACCCCUGCUUGGGCCGUGUCCACCACCUGGCGCUCAAAGAUGACGUGAGGCGUAAAGUCCAUCUGAACACCUUUGGGUUCUUCAAGGACGGGUACAUGGUGGUCAAUGUCAGCAGCCUCUCUGUGAAUGAACCUAAGGGAGACGUGAAAACGAAGGCUGAGAUUGGCUUCAGUCUAGAUCGGACCAAGAACGAUGGCUUUUCUUCUUACCUGGAUGAAGAUGUGAAUUACUGUAUUCUAAGAAAACAGUCUAUAUCUUCUGUUACCCUUCUCAUCUUAGACAUCUCUGCAAGUGUAGUCAAAGUCAGAUCUCCACCAGAAGCUGGCACCCAGUUACCAAAGAUUGUCUUCAGCAAGGAUGAGAAAGUUCUGGGUCAGAGCCAGGAGCCUGCUGUCAGCUCCAUCCCCACAGAAAGCGAGGUGCAGAGAGCCCAAGAUGGUUCGAAGGCUAGAAGAAGUGCAGUGGAUUCAAAGGCAACAGCAGAGAAAUCCUUCUCAAUUCGUAAGAUUGAUGGUGCAGUUUCAUUUCAGUUCUUCUUUAACAUCAGCACUGAUGACCAGGAAGGCCUGUACAGCCUUUACUUCCACAAGUGCCCAGGCAACACGCCGCAGCCUAGUGAGAAGGUCUCAUUCAGCCUGAAUAUUGACAUCACUGAGAAGAACCCUGACAGCUACCUCUCUGCUGGGGAGAUCCCUCUCCCCAAGUUGUAUGUUUCCAUGGCUGCCUUCUUCUUUCUAUCUGGGACCGUCUGGAUUCAUAUCCUUCGUAAGCGAAGGAAUGAUGUUUUUAAAAUUCACUGGUUGAUGGCGGCCCUUCCUUUCACCAAGUCUCUGUCUUUGGUGUUCCAUGCAAUCGACUACCACUAUAUCUCCUCGCAGGGCUUUCCAAUCGAAGGCUGGGCUGUUGUGUACUACAUAACUCACCUUCUAAAGGGGGCGCUGCUGUUCAUCACCAUCGCUCUCAUUGGCACUGGCUGGGCUUUCAUCAAGCACAUCUUGUCUGAUAAAGACAAGAAGAUCUUCAUGAUUGUCAUCCCACUCCAGGUGCUGGCAAAUGUGGCCUACAUCAUCAUAGAGUCCACCGAGGAGGGCACGACAGAGUAUAGCUUGUGGAAGGACUCUCUGUUCCUGGUUGACUUGCUGUGCUGUGGUGCCAUCCUCUUCCCAGUGGUGUGGUCAAUCAGACAUUUACAAGAAGCCUCAGCCACAGAUGGAAAAGCUUGGACCCAGACUAGCCCAUCCAGCUGUCCAGGAUCCUGCAGCUCUGGGCAGCCCUGUAUAGAAGACACUACCCUGAUCAGAGUCCAGUUAGGGCCCAGUGGCCUCCGCAGGCACAGUGGCGAGGAGCAGGAGCAAGGGGAGCAGAGCAAGGAGCAGUGUCUUAACUCUGGGGCUUUCUUCACACGGAGGCAAAGACGAAGAAGCUGUCCUGGGCCUUCGCUUCUGUCUGCCUCUGCCAUUAACUUAGCAAAGCUGAAGCUUUUCAGACAUUACUACGUCUUGAUUGUGUGCUACAUUUACUUCACCAGGAUCAUCGCCUUUCUUCUCAAGUUCGCUGUUCCAUUCCAGUGGAAGUGGCUCUACCAGCUGCUGGAUGAAACAGCCACACUGGUGUUCUUUGUCCUGACGGGGUAUAAAUUCCGCCCAGCUUCAGAUAACCCCUACCUGCAGCUCUCUCAGGAGGAAGAUGACCUGGAGAUGGAGUCUGUAGUGACAACAUCAGGAGUGAUGGAGAAUAUGAAGAAAGUCAGGAAAGUAACCAAUGGUGUUGUGGAGCCCCAGGGUGACUGGGAAGGCACUGCGUGAUAGAACCCACUCUGAGGAUGCACUGUCAAUGAAAACUAACUUAUUCAUAGCCCUAUCAGUGAGCAAGCGUGUUCCUGACAGAACUGUGGCAUCUCCCAACAGUGACACCCCAGCGCUCGCUCAUGGCACGGCUGAGGGCCGUGGACAUCUACUUUUGUACUCUUAGAGGAUCUGGAUUGUGGUGGGUUACAGGCGGCUAGGACUGUCCCUCAGGGAGGGUAGGAGCAUAGAGGAUGGGUAAAAGAUAUACCUUCCUAAUUGGGAGUCUGGGGUCCAUGCAGGGGAACCCCAGCGGCUGCCACUCAGAAAGGCUGUGGUGGUGGGAAGGGCAGGCUGCCGCUGCUCACAGAGCUUUGGAGGCUGAGAAUGUGGCUCACUCUUGGCCAAGCAUUCACGAGGCUCUGGGUUCAAUUCCUAGUACCAGGGUGGGGAAAGAAGUUAACUUUGGGAUGUAGGCAGAUGUCUGCCAAGGACAUGAAGAAGAGAGAGAGAUUGUCCACCUUUGGCAAACAACAGCAACAGAAAUGAAUGGAAUUGUUUUAGAAAGCCAAAUAGUCACCCUAGGUGGUAUGAAGCAUCUGACUGGGCCACUGGCCCCAAGCACCACUCUAAAUGUUGUCCCCUCUUCUAAUCGUGAUGUAAAACUGUGGUGCUGGAGACCAGCCAAGAGGGCCCUUGGCGUUGCUGUCCAGGCCGCUGCCAGCACCACACACAGCCCUGCUGGUGGAGAAUAGCUGUCUCCAGGCCUGUCAGAAGGGGAGAGGAGCCCUGGAGCUCCAGAAGUAUUCUCCAGCUGGCUCUCCAGACUCCACCCCCCACCUGUCCAGAGCAGCCAGCCACCUGGCUUCCUCUCCUUCCACCUGUGUCUUCUCAACAGGAGUAUGUUCCUUAAGGAGCCGCUGGGGGCAGAAAGGGCCGCAUCUAAGCAAAUCCUUAGGAAAGGCUUGAUCCACAGCUGGCACGACCAGGCAGGACUUCUGGGCCUGAACUACGUAGUUCAAGCAUGCGUGAAGGAAGUGAGCACAGUUGAGCCUCUCAUGCUGGAGGAUCUGAGACAGAGCUUGGGCAAGAACACCAGCGGCUGCCUGCAUGAGACAGUUUGCUGCCGCAGAGACGAUCUUAGAAGGCAUGUGACCAAGGGCACAGGUGACCAGCUCAGCACCUCAAAGCUGCUUAGUGCACAGGACUUGUAGGUGAGUCACAACUUCAAGGAACAAGGGCUCCCUGGGGUGACAGUUACUACCUCCCAGUGCAGAAGAAUCAAAUCUGUCCUGAAAACAGUUGUGUCUGUCUCCGUGCCCCAACCCAGCUUUCCAUAUCAUCGCCUCCAGUGAGAAGCCGUCUCUGCCAUCCAGGUCUGAGGAGGCCCCUCUCUACCACAGCUGUUCUAUCUAGAGAAAGGUUGACAGGCCUGAAGGAGUUGAUUUAGGGACCUCUUUGUCCUUUUUGUUUUGUUUUGUUUUCUUAUUUAUUUGUUUAAGGUAUGUGACAGGAAGGGAGUUGGAGAAGAGACAAGGAUAAUUUUUAAUGCUUUGUUUUCUGCACAUAAGCACUCAGCAGCACUGCAGAAAUAUGUUCCUGUGGUGACAUCUAGGCCUGCCCCUCAGAUGGCAGCCUGUGUGUGUGUGUGGGGGGGGGGCUGCUUCCCUGCCAGCAGACAUUGUUGACUAGGCGCUAGACUCACAGAAGGUGUGAGGUGAGGCUGCCUCCCCCAGACAGGGUUUUUAUGGAGGGGCCUCAUUUGCUCAGUGGCAGAGAACAAGAAAGCAACUGUGUACAGCCUAGCCCACAGGCCUCUCUGGGUGGCUAUAGGGGGACAGCCUGGUCCUUCCAGAGCAUGGGUGCACAAGCAGGAAGGUGGGCCAGGGCAGUGCCUUUCCCAAGUCUUGCCCUGUAACUGCUGUAGGUGGGAAGUCAGGGGUGAUGGGGUCAGAAGCCUAACACAGGGCUGGGAAGGCUGGCCUGGUGUACCCAGACUGUGAAGGAGACCUUGCAGCUCUUCAUCCUGCACUGUAAAUGUGCCGUCUCCAUCGUGUGAGAGCCAUGAGGCAGCAGUCAGUGGUGUCCUCGGGUAGGAGAGGCUGAUUGGAGUGCAGGGCUGCCUAGCUGCCCCAGCUCACAGCUGCCCUCUGUAGCCUGAGUCCAGCCCACCUGGCUCUCCACAGCCGUGCUUGAACGGUGAAGUCCUGUGGACGAGGGGCUGACAAAAACAGGGUUCCCUUUGCACUGCACUGUGUUAUCUCUUGCGCUGCCUUGUGUCCCCCUCUGCUUCUGCCUGUGUGAGGUGUCCAUGCUUCCUUUGACAGUGCUGUGGACUGGAAGCUGCAGGCUGUGACAUCUAAUAAAGUGUAGACUGCUAGAAAAUUACUCCUUGGACAUCAGGAGCAAGUAUCAAACUCCAAAUCCUGGUUCUUAAUAGUGUCGAGGACUCAGGCAGCCUCUUACAUUUGAAUAGCAGAGUGUUGGCUAAUGUUUAGCCUGACUGGGGUUCAUUCUCUCUGGAGGAACAGCUCACUCCAGGGUCAAAGAUCCUCCCUCACACCAGGCCUGUGUCUGUUGAGUUUUCCUUCAAAAACCACUUCACAAUAAAUACCUAAGUGUCCCCACUCUCCAACCCUCCGCCUGCUCAGCAGCCAGGCCCGCACAGCUCCUGAGGUGCUUGUGGGAUUUCUGCUCCUCUUGGUCCUUCCGUCUUCCUCUCCCUCCUCUUCUCUUCCCUCCUCUCCUCUCCCUUACUCCCUAUCACCAUCACCACCCCACAGACUCCCUUAGCCCUCCCUGGCAUCCUGGCUGCAGGCCUGGUGCACUGCAGCAUUGUCUGCCAGUGGUAGGUGCAGGAUGUAUUUUCUAAACCAGGGAGCAUUCUCUCCAGAGUGCAAACUAUGCAAACUAACACUAUGUACUGCUGCUUUUGUACCACAUGGUGGUCUCCCCAUACCACAGCAUCUAUCUGACUCUUGGAGUGGAGUCUAAAGCCAGUCUUUGAAAAGGGGAAGUGUCAAAGAUUCUGGUGUUCAUUUUCAGUGGCCUCUGGCCACCUCCAUAUUCCCAAGUAUGUUCCUCGAGGAAGCAUUCAUCUUAUGAGGUUGCUGGCCCCGCUCCAUAUAUCCAGAAGGACAGCUGAGCAUUCCAGCCUCCCUCUGCCAAGUUGCUGAUCCUCACAGGAAGAUCCCAGCUCCCCACCCACCCCAGCCCUGCUCCCACACUCCACCACCCACCUCAGCUUGUCUGGCCUGCCGGCACCUCAACACAUCACCGCAUCACAGUGCCACCCCGCCCGCUGCCGCCGCCUUUCCUCUUGGAAAUUCGCUGAGGACUUUAUUCCUAUCUCUUGGCUAUAAGAACGGUGUUCAUUUGAAACAGGCCGGUGUUCUCAACAAUCUGCCCUUUACUCCAGCUUUCCUAAGGCUGCCCUAGUGAGAAUCUAUAACAUACGUUCCUAGGAGACUUGCUCAUACCUGUACCACCUAGAAUGUGAUCACAGGUCAUAGGCCAAGGAGUCUCCCAAUUCCCCCAGGCCCCUUGUGUCUUGUAGAGGUGUGUCUGUUUCAUGCUUUAAAGGCAUCCUACAUUUAGGUGGCCCUCUGCCUGGGCUGGGGACCACCUCCUCACUUCCCAGCACUAUAAAGAGGCUGCACUGGGGGAUGAGACAAGCAUGGGAGCAGACAUGGUCAUGCUAUGUCAGGCUCUGGUGUGAUUCUGAGGAUAAGGAGAUUGCAGACAGGCCCCUGGGGAAGGCACACAAGUUCCUGGUGUGUCCAUCAAGAACAAAGACAGUUUCACUCCCAAGACAGGAUGGCCAUUUGCAGUGGAGGCUGUGCAGGAGGGUCAGCCUUAGCAUCUAAGCACUGUCUCCCUCUGCAGAGGGCCAGAAAGCCUGUCCACACAAGGGAAUUUCCCAAUCCCUAGGCAGCUUUUCUAGAUGACCCAAAUUGUCAGACUGAGUAACCCAGAGAUUUCACCUGCAGAAGGUCUUAUGGGCCUGUGUGCCCUACUCAGGUUGGGGUGGAGGGGCUGGGGGGCCACUUAGUAACUUUAGCAUUAACCAUUGAAUAUUUACAAGCAUGGGGUGUGGAUGUGUUCAGGAUUGGUGGGCUGGACACUGUAUGGAAGCAAAGCGAACAUGUCUAAUAAAGAUUCCAUGCUGGAAACUUG